UCGGGCCAUCCUUUUUUGUUUUUUUUAUUUGGAACCAAAACUGCUUUCGAGGAGGAAAAACAUGUAUACGGCGUUUUUGAUCUUUGCCUUAAUGUGCUGGACUGCCCACGCAGACCAUCAUCAUCAUCUUUGCCGUUCAUCCAAUAUGACAGGAUUCCUUUCGGUGAUGGGAAACAUGGCCGAAAUAAAAGCAGCAGGCCAAUUCACUUAUGACUCGCAGAAUAAGAGACUCCGGUUCCAAACCAAUACAAGCAUUCCCUGGAAUGUAACCACGGAUCAAGAUCUAUUGGUGUUUUUUGACGAGGGGAUAAUAUACAAGAUCGACAGCAAAAACCAGAGCUGUGAGAAGAAGUUGCUGCAAUCCACAAAGCACCCUUUCGAUCUUCCCGCUGAUGCUACUUAUAUGUCCACUAUGAUCUCCGGGAGUGUCGCCCUGGAGGGCGAAGGCAUGAAAUUUCAAAUAUGGUCAACACCGACACCAAACUUGAAAGGCAAUGCCAUGAUGUGUUUAACCAUGAGAUGUUUGCCUGUAAGUACAAUCUACGUGACGGAAUCCUCCAUGUUCAUGUUCAGCAACAUGAAUGUGGAGCUGGAUGUCAAGGAUCCUGAUCUUCUUACUGUGCCUUCGUUUUGCCAAGGAUUGCCUGCGGAGGAGGCGCCCGAAGGGACAGCGUACAGUUUCUUCGAUGAAAUAAUCUGAAUGCAGUUUUGGUUGUCAUUGCGGGUGAUAGACGUCCAAUCCAUUCAAAUGGAUUGGAUGUCUAUCGCCCUCAACGGGUGUUUUUAAUAUAAGUUUUUUCUUUUUCUUUUACUAACUACCACACGACAUACUCUGAGAAGAAUAUACAUAUACAGUACCUUGGCUUCCUGUGAAUGAGAUAAUACUUUGCAUGAGACCGUAUUGCAGUUAUUUCACAUUCCGCUCCUUUAUGCUGUACACACGUUUUCCGUGUUAAGAAAUGACAGCUGAUUUACUUAAUCACAUUUAAUUACUGCUUAUGCAUCAGUAUCGCUUCCAAAACCUUUCACAAAAUGAUUAAUGGAAGAAAAAACUAAAGUGUCAGUGGUUUCAACUAGUCUUUUGCUUGUUUUUGUUUGUUUGUUUGGGUGGUCACUGAAUGGAAUAAGAGUUAAGGAAUAAUACAAUUGCCUGGAUUGUUCUAUGUAUUGUACUCUGUGUGUUCAGUUAAUAAAAUAGCUAAUAGACGAGCGAUGUCAGGUCGCUACAAAGAGAAA